UUGCCGGUGAACUCCCGCGCUGGUCGGUCGCUCUCAGGGUAGUUCGCUGCUCCCGUUGAAUGUGUCGUGUGGCCUCUCGGAUUCUUUUCAAGACUCCCAUUUCUCAUGAUGGCGGAAUAAUCAAAUAUUGAUUUUAUUAUUCAAACAUUUCCUCCAGGAAGAAAAUUGUCUGUUACAGGCCUUUUUACGAGUAACAAGCAAUCAAUAAUUCACGGUUGGAAUGAAUGUGCAGGAAAAUUUUAAUUAAUGUGUGCCAAAAGGCAAUACCAUCGGUGUCAGUUUCAGUGUAUAAUUUUCCAAAAUCUUGCAUGAAUAUUUUAUUAUUUUUGUUCGUAAUAAUGAAUAUUACUGUGCCUCUAUUUUCGUGUUUCCCUGGUGUUUAAAAAUUGCUCGAAUUGCAUGUUAAAGCACAUAUCUUGUUGGAGAAGAAGUAUGUAAAAUAAUCAACUACAGGUAGGUUAGGACUGAGUUCAGUGAUGAAUGAGGCCCAUUUGUCUUCAAACAAGUUUCGAUGUACACAUUAUCAUUAGUGUUUUGUUUUCGUCUGAUGCACUGCAGUGUAAUUACAGUUCUCCGUACUGAUUGAUAUCCUUCAAGCUGCCAUUCAAGCAAGUGCAUGCUAUUACUUUUUACUGUGCAACAUUUCAGUGUGUGGUGCGUUCAAUAUUCUAUGUGUUUUAUGUUGUGAGUCGAAGUAUAAAAUUGUGUAUGUUUUGGUGUCCUUUCAAGCUGGUAAUUUCCAGUUCGUCUCAGAUUUUCUAUCUCGUUUGUUUGCAAAGUUGUGUGGGCAUUAAGUGAAGUUCUUCGAAUUAUUCGUCAGUUCUUUGUUAUUUGGCUGAGAAGUAGCAAACUGAAAAAAGUGACAAUGUACUCAAGGAGUCAGCGGUACCAACGCCAUCAUUGCCAGAGAAUGGUAGCACUCAUCAUUUGGACCAGCAUCCUGUCACUCCACACUGGUUGCGCUAAUCAUCACAGAUCGAGAAGUCACCAUUACCACGGCGGUGUGGGAGGAGGGAAUAGCGAAGCGGAUGGUUGGGGUUCCAAGACUAAGGACACAGCUGCCGCAGCCUUCAACAACGCGUCGCCUCGAAAACCGAACGCCAACGCAAUCUUUCCGUCUGGUCCCUUCAAGAUGUUCCCACCACAGGAUGUCUUCUUGUCUGAGAACUGCACCAUCGUGCUGGCGCAGAUCGGCAGCACGCCUAUACUCCACUGCGAGGUAGCAGACAUCGGUGAAGGGACGGUGUCAUGGAUCAGAAGGAAGGACUACCACUUGCUGACUGUUGGGCUGGCCACGUACAGCAGUGACGACCGAUUCUUUACGGCACACGUCCACAACGCUCAGGACUGGGCACUGCAUGUCCGUUACGCCCGAGCAGGAGACGGUGGACUGUACGAGUGCCAGGUUUCAACGCAUCCCCCGUCCAGCCUGUUUGUCGAGCUCCAGCUGGUCGAGGCGAGAGCAGAAAUUCCAGGAGGACCGGACAAAUUUGUCAAGUCCGGCAGCUCGCUGCGACUCAUGUGUGUACUGAAGAAGAGCACGGAGCCACCUGUGUAUGUGUUCUGGUACCACGAGACCCGGAUGAUCAACUAUGACCUGGGCCGUGGGGUCCGGGUCCGACAUGGGCGCCAUUUCAGCGAACUGGUCGUGGCCGAAGCACAUAAGCACGAUUCUGGGAACUAUUCCUGCGUGCCAUCCAACGCACAUCCUGCCAGCAUCAGUGUCCAUAUACUGAACGGGGAGGAACCAGCAGCAAUGCAGCACGGCAGCAAAAGUGACGCUCUGCGGAUCUAUCCGUACUGGAGCUACUGCUUCUCAGCAACGUUUUGCUUCUCCUUGAUGUUAACCUUGACAUGCUGCGGGCUCCACAACGCAAGAUGACGCUAGUUGCUACACGCCUAAAUAUACAUAAUUGCUAAUUGGACAUAUAUGAAGAUAUCUGGAUGAGAUGCAUAUCAAGGUUGAUAGUGACACUUGUGAAUUUUGGUGGGUAUUACUACAGAGACACAGAAAGGUUAUGUUCUCUUUGCUGUCCUCUGUUAACUUGAAUUUCGUAAUGAAGAGUAGGAUGUGUUUGAACCUCGCUGUAAUGGAAAGUGGAGUGAGAGUUAACAGGACAGAUAUAAGAACUUCACCAUUCUCUGUUGAUAUAUUUGUUGAGGUAAUAAAGAGAGGAAAGCCCAAUAUACGAGUUAAAAUGAAAGUCAACAUUAUUAUUGACAAGACUAGUGUACAUCGAAGGAAGUGAAUUGACAAAGAAGAGAGAUGUAUGAGGAAAAGUGGCCAAAAAUAGCGUGGAAUUAAAAAUGUAGAGGACGAAAAUUAAUUGGAAAGGAGAAAACUUGUAAAAGAUCAUUUUGAGGCAGAUACUCGGAUAGUGUUGCGUAUUCCAUAAAUAAAACAAAAGGACAGGGAACCGAAACAACCUCAAACACUUAAGAACACUAAAUUUGGAAAUAUUUCCAAUGAAGUGAAAUGGAUGUCUUGCUUCAAUACGAAGAUAAGCUAUGUAUAAAAACAUAUUCUUGCAAGAAUUUAUACAUUACAGCUCUCACACAACAUGACAGACAUAUUUAAAUAUAAGCAUAAUAUUUUUCUGGACAUGUAAAUCAUUAUGAAAUUGGCGUUCCGCGACCCAUUGAUAGGAUGCUGCGAUGGUCAAAAUUUCUGUAUUCUCUCAAUUCAUAUCACCUCAGUAUGAGGAUACACUUUCUUUGGUAUUUUACGUUUCUAAGCAAUAUUUGCGGAAUGUGAUUCCAGAGUAACAGGGCACGUGACAGAGCCAGUGUUCGCUUUGUUCCAGGCCAGUGUCUUACAUUUUAGACCACAGAUGAAGUGACACAGGGACUGGUGUAUUUCGUCCUAGGAAUAGAACCUCCAUGGGGUUUAGAAGAAAGGUAUUCUCAAUUGAUGACUUGCAGCAUGUAAACACGUCUGUGCGGUCCUAACACAUACAUACAACGCGUGCUGCUCUCCUUCAGGCACUUUCCGAAUAAUAUCUGCUGCACAUUAGGCUCUCACACUUUUAACGGACAUUCAUUUCUGUUAACUAUUUUAAUAAUGAACAUAAUAGAAAAUACCAUUAUUUAUUGAAGUUUGUUUUUAUUGUGUAUUAUUUUAUACUGUGCGGCAAAUGUGAGAUUAAGGUAAAGAAAGAUUUAUCUUCCUAAAUUUAACCGUUCAACAUUACAGAGACGCGUAUUAUUCGGAAAAAAACAUAAGUAACUUAUAAGAUGAUGAUAAUAAAAAUAAUGCGUGCAUCUAUAUUAUCAGCAGAACCAGAAUACGGAAACCUCGGGACGGUUUAAAACUAAAUGCUGCAAGCUUGAUAAUUGAAGUAUGAAUCGUAUUUGGUCCAUUACUGCUGCUGCUACUACUACCACUACUACUACUGCUACUGCUAGUAGUAGUGG